UACACUGGGCUUGAGCUAUUAAGUUAUUGAGUUUUUGGCAAAACUCAGUUAGUGCUGACCUAGUGCUGGCGAAAAGUUGCGAUAUGGUUGUAUAUUUCAGUUAUAGGGCUGUUCUGCCUAUCGUGUGAACUAUCGCUACUAGCAACAACAACGGUAACAACAAAGAAUAAAUUCGCGUAUAAUCCUAAAAAAUAAUAGAUAGAUAUUAUUUAUAUAUUUAUGAAACUUUGUUGGAAAUACAUAAACGUAUCAGCUCUCAAAGUCUAUUGUUUAUUAACACGAAAUCUGAGCUAUUGAGUUAACUCACCUAUCGAUAGUUUAAAUUGCCUAUCAGUGUUUGAAAGUGUCUGGGGCAGAGGCGCGCCAUUGACACAAAUUCGAAAUUGGGACAUCAGGCUAAGGUUAAUGCAUUCAAAAGACAAACAAUGCAAAUCAACAGGAAACUAAAACUCUAUCGGCAAUGUAAAUAGGGCGUGGUCAAUAAGGGGCGUGCCCAAUAAAUUCCUAAUGCCAAUGUCUAGUUCUAAAAGGCCAUGGACAUGAAAUUUCCUCACAGUUUCUCUAAGAUGGCCAACUAUUACAGACGUAAAAAGGAUGCGGUGUUCCACAAUGCCAAGCCGAUCAACAGUGGCAAUGCCCAGGCCUAUCUAUACGGAGUGCGGAAGUACUCCAUUGGGCUGGCCGAGCGCUUGGACGCUGACUACCAGCCGCCUCCAAGUGACAGGAAAAAGAGCUCGGAUAGCACUGGCUCCAACAAUCCAGAAUUUACGCCAAGCGUUUUCUACAGGAACAUUGCUCCUGUGAAUUGGUUUCUGCGUAUCAUUGGUGUUCUACCCAUCGUCCGACGUGGUCCGGCCCGUGCCAAGUUCGAAAUGAGCUCGGCCUCGUUUGUCUACUCUGUGGUUUUCUUCAUGCUACUGGCGUGCUAUGUCGGUUAUGUGGCUAACAAUCGCAUCCACAUCGUACGCUCGCUGAGCGGUCCUUUCGAGGAGGCGGUGAUUGCCUAUCUGUUUCUUGUCAACAUUUUGCCGAUUAUGGUUAUACCGAUACUGUGGUGGGAGGCCAGGAAGAUUGCCAAGUUAUUCAACGACUGGGAUGACUUCGAAGUGCUGUACUAUCAGAUCUCUGGGCACAGUCUGCCGCUCCGUCUGCGCCAAAAAGCCCUGUACAUUGCCAUUGUGUUGCCCAUUCUCUCGGUGCUAUCGGUGGUGAUUACCCACAUUACCAUGUCGGACUUAAACAUCAAUCAGGUGGUGCCCUACUGCAUUUUGGACAACCUGACGGCCAUGCUGGGCGCUUGGUGGUUUCUGAUUUGCGAGGCCAUGAGCACCACGGCUCACCUUCUGGCGGAGCGGUUCCAGAAGGCCCUCAAACACAUUGGUCCCGCCGCGAUGGUGGCCGAUUACCGAGUGCUCUGGCUGCGACUGAGCAAACUCACCCGGGAUACGGGCAAUGCCAUGUGCUAUACGUUUGUCUUUAUGAGCCUGUACUUGUUUUUCAUCAUCACGCUGUCUAUUUACGGCCUGAUGUCGCAGCUCUCGGAGGGAUUCGGCAUCAAGGAUAUAGGACUCACCAUCACGGCUCUCUGGAACAUUGGUCUGCUUUUCUACAUCUGCGACGAGGCUCAUUAUGCCUCGGUUAAUGUGCGCACCAAUUUCCAAAAGAAACUUCUCAUGGUGGAGCUCAAUUGGAUGAACUCGGAUGCCCAGACGGAGAUCAAUAUGUUUCUCCGUGCCACCGAAAUGAAUCCCUCGACCAUCAACUGCGGUGGUUUCUUCGAUGUAAACAGGAGUUUGUUCAAGGGCCUGCUCACCACAAUGGUUACCUAUCUGGUGGUGCUGCUGCAGUUCCAGAUAAGUAUUCCCACGGACAAGGGAGACUCCGAUGGCGGCACAAAUAUCACCGUGGUGGACAUGCUCAUGGACAGUCUCGGCAAUGAUAUGACUAUAUUGAGCGCCUCGAGCUCCACCACCACCCAUUCUACAGCCACAUCAAGCACAACCCCGCCACCGACAAGCGCCAAGCAUGGUCGUGGUCAUAGGGGAUAAGAUAUACAUAUAUAUACAAACAUGUUUUUUUUUUGGUGGGUUGUUAGGUUGGUAGGUAGUACCACGCUCUAGGCCAAAUAGUAGACGGUUUUUGUGAGGGUUUCCUCUAUUUUAGAACUUUAAUUAAGUGCUGAAGUUUAAGUAACGACGAUUCACAAACUACACGGAUUAGAUUUAUAGGCGUCUAAUUCGCCAAGCACUACUGCAUAAAAAUAGUUUAUGAAGUUGCCAACAAAAGAUAUGGCUGAUCGAUAGUUGAUCGCGGGAUCCACACACCCCUUAUGCACCGUCAAGGGGCUAUGGUAUAUGUAUGUAUUAAUAGGCCUCUCGAUCCAUUGGCUAUCUAAAAUAGUACUCUGCUGUUUCCAUAUCACACACAUUUUGAAAGAAAAAAA